AUGGCCUCUUCAGCCACUAACCAUGGUGAAAAGGCUAAUUGGGUGCUCCAUGCGCCCCGGCCGCCGGGGCCAUGGCUCGAAUUUAUGGAGUUUUCAGGUGAUCAAGAAACUAGUCCCAUGGAUAUCCUUCCAAGUUCCCCCAAACACUUCAAACAACCAAGCACUGCCUCGUUAGCUGUUGAGACCCCAACAGCAGAGGAAAAGCUUGACCUCGAGAAAAACAGCAACCCUGUUCAAAGGUCUGAAUGGGUGCUGAAUGGCCCUGAACCUCCAGGUCUAUGGCAUGAGCUCAUGGACUCUGUGAGGGAGACGGCGUCGUGCUGUGGAAACAAGUACUCAUCUCUCAAGAAUCAGCCAGCACUCAAAAGUGUAGUCUCUAUCCAGCAGGAGAUAUUUCCUAUCCUUGUAUGGGGUAGGAGCUACAACAUUUCAAAAUUCAAGCAUGAUUUAUUGGCUGGUCUAACUAUAGCAAGCCUCUGCAUUCCCCAGAGUAUUGGAUAUGCAACUUUAGCAAAGCUUGAUCCCCAAUAUGGUCUUUAUACAAGUGUUGUACCACCUCUUAUUUAUGCUGUAAUGGGGACUUCAAGAGAGAUAGCAAUUGGACCUGUAGCUGUGGUGUCUCUCCUUUUGCCCUCAAUGAUUCAGAAGUUACAAGACCCCGGGGCUGAUCCAAUUGCUUACACCAAGCUCGUUCUCACCGCGACGUUCUUCACCGGUAUUUUCCAAGCUUCCUUCGGACUCUUCAGAUUGGGGUUUCUUGUGGAUUUUCUUUCCCAUGCCGCAAUCGUAGGGUUCGUAGCGGGAGCAGCCAUCAUCAUUGGUCUUCAACAACUGAAAGGGCUACUUGGGAUCACUCACUUUCCAACCAAUACUGAUGUUAUCUCUGUUAUGGAAGCUGUCUGGACAUCUUUCCACCAUCCUUGGAGCCCUCAUAAUUUUAUUCUUGGCUGCUCUUUCCUGUGUUUCAUCUUAAUAUCUAGAUAUCUGGGUAAAAAGAACAAGAAACUUUUCUGGUUGCCAGCCGUUGCUCCUCUCCUAUCUGUCAUACUAUCGACGCUUAUUGUUUAUCUAACAAGGGGGGAUAAGCAUGGAAUUAAGAUCAUUAAACAUAUCAAAGAUGGCUUAAACCCCAGCUCAGUUAAUCUGUUAGAGCUCAACGGCCCCUAUGUUGGGGAUGUGGCCAAAGUUGGGCUCAUUGUCGCUCUCGUUGCACUCACGGAAGCAAUUGCAGUUGGAAGAUCUUUUUCAUCCAUAAAAGGGUACCACAUGGAUGGGAACAAGGAAAUGAUGGCGAUGGGCUUCAUGAACAUAGUAGGAUCCUUUACUUCUUGCUAUGUUGCAACCGGUUCAUUCUCGCGUACGGCCGUGAACUACAGUGCCGGUUGUGAAACUCCGGUGUCAAAUAUCGUCAUGGCCAUUACAGUGAUCAUAUCUUUGCAAUUUUUGACAAAGCUCUUGUAUUACACCCCAACAGCAAUCCUUGCUUCCAUAAUUCUCUCAGCUCUGCCGGGACUCGUUGACCUCGAUAAAAUGUACAAAAUUUGGAAGGUUGAUAAGCUAGACUUCUUGGCUUGCAUAGGAGCUUUCUUCGGAGUGCUUUUUGCAUCUGUGGAGAUUGGUCUUCUAGUGGCGGUGACCAUAUCAUUCACAAAAAUUAUUCUCAUCUCAAUCCGACCAGGCACAGAAACUCUUGGAAAACUUCCUGGAUCUGAAAUGUUUUGCGACACAGCACAAUAUCCAAUGGCUGUUAAAAUUCCUGGAGUUAUGAUAAUCCGUGUCAAGUCUGCCUUGUUUUGUUUUGCAAAUGCCAAUUUCGUUAAAGAAAGGAUUGUGAGGUGGAUAACUGCACAGAAAGUUGCGGACACCAAAGGGCAGACCAAAGACAAAGAGGCCAUUCAUCUCGUAAUUCUUGACAUGUCUAAUUUGAUUAACAUUGAUACAUCUGGAAUAGCUACUCUAGAGGAGCUGCAAAAGAAUUUGAUCUCCGAAGGAAUUGAGUUAGCCGUUGCCAACCCUAGAUGGCAAGUGAUUCACAAACUUAAGCUAUCCAACUUUGUGGGAAAAAUUGGAGGGCGAGUCUUCGUGACGGUCGGAGAAGCGGUGGAUGCAAGUUUUGGUGGAAAAAUUGCUACAGCUUGUUAA